GGCUUCAACGUGGAUUGGGGCUCUUCACGCUGUAUUGCCUGGGGCUCUCGUGGGCAGUGCCUGCUGUGGUGCUUGAUGACGGGCCAACUGCUAGAGAAGCUGGUGGGCCACUCUCAGGCAAUUUCGGGGAUGGCCUGCUCUUGGGAGAAGGAGCGUGUUCUCAGCUACGGUGCCGGGCCUCUGUGCUUGUGGAGCCUGUCCUCUGGGCCCCUCUGCUCGCAUCUGCUGGGCCACAGCGACGUGGUGGCAGGUGUGGAGGUGUCUUGGGAGGAGGAUCGAGCUGUCAGCUGGGCGGAUGACUCAACCUUACGGCUCUGGGACCUCAAGGAGCGCGUGUGCCUAUGCGAAUUCCGCGGCCAUGCCGGGCCCGUCUGGUCAGCCCAAGUGGACUGGGAUGGUGGCCGCAUGCUCAGCUACAGCUUUGCCCAACGAGUUCUGUUUUUGUGGGACCUCAAGACCGGUGAGCCGCAGAAGUUCCCGCUGGGCCAGAAGGUGAUUGCUUGGACAGGCGGUGCAGAGGUAGAUUGGGCCAUGUGGCUGUUGCUUGGAGCCUCAACGACAAUGCGCUCGUUGUGGCCGAUUUUCGUACCGGAGCCGUCCGCGAGCUUUGUGGCACCUCUGCAGUGA